GUUGUACACUAAUGUCUAGAAUGAGGCUAAAUGAAAUCGUAAUCAGCAACUGAUUCCCCUGUUCAUUUCACCACCAUAUAUAGGAGGCUACUUGGCUGUUUACUCUGUCUGCUGCGCUGCUACGUUGUGUUUGUCACUUUCUUUCCUCAAUGUGUACCCCGGAUACUGUGGGAUACCACUCCUCGCGCUCACUAUGUUUUCCGGGACCUCCCGAUUUACAAAUGAAGUACUGUGUUUGCGCAUGUAGCUAUGCGAUGUCUGUGAAUCCCAAUUCAAAAGGAUUUCAGAACAGAAAUGUAGACUCUCUUAUUUUUCAUGCCUGUGAUUUUAUUUGUAUUUUUAAUCCAUAGUUCCAUUGGACAUGCACUGGUGACAAGGCAACACUGUUCAGUAACGAUAUCAGCCAAACACAGGGAAAGCCUCAUGCCACGAUCAGCGUUAACAAGGGAGCUCUUGGUCCAGUACAUCUCAGACACCCUCAGCCACAUUCACACAGUGAGGGAGUUCUGUGACAGGUAUUCCAAAUGGGCCCUUCAGAGGGAGACAGAACUGGAAAUGAUGAGGGACAUCAAGGAGAGGGCCGAGAGAAUUGACCUUAAGUUCGACCAUGUCCGUAAGUCAGCGACCAAGGCCAAGGCGUUUGGGGAGUUCGUAUGGAGCGGUCUGACCCAGGUGACUGCAGACAGUAGGCGUGAGGAGCUGGAGAAGGAGCUGGGAGCUGUACUAAAGGACACUCUGGGAGGCCUGGAGAAGCUGGAUUACUUCCUGAAUGCUGUGGAGUGUCUGGCGGUCACCUGUCUGUUGGUGUUUGAGGAGAACAGGUUCCUCUGUCUGCCUCAGGGGACGAGCCCUGCCAGUGUUCAGGCUGUCAUCAUUGCUGCCAGAAUGGCCUGCCCUCUCCUCAUCCAUUUUAAGAGGGAUGCUAAGGCCUUCUUUAUGCCCAGCCUCCUCAAUGUAGAGGUGUUGGCCUGCCAACUGGACAGAUACAUAGAAAUCAGCCAGCAGGUCUGUAAAAGGAUGGAGAAGGGAUUACAGAUCAGACCAGAGUCUGAGAAUAAACUUGGUAGCUACAUCAGUCAAAUGCUGUUUUGGAAAAAGAAGAAUGACAUCCCUGUGGUCAACCUUGGUGCUGAUGUGCGGGAAGAGUCCAUACAAAAGAUGCUGGACCAUUUGAAUCAGCUGAGUGAUAUCAGGAUGGACCAGAACCUCAGACUGACAUUCCUGUUCCAAGGGGCUGCUCAGCGCUUCAUUGGUCAGUUCAGCCAGUGCCGACCCAGGAUGGAGCAGUUUCUGACCGAUCUGGAGGAGAAUGCUGUGCAGCUGGACAGGAUGAAGCUGGGGGCUAAGAUCUCCAGUGUGGCAGGCAGCUCAGUGGGGGUGGCUGGAGGGAUCCUAACCAUCGUGGGCUUAGCCCUGACCCCUGUCACUGGUGGAGUGUCACUGGCCCUCACAAUUGCAGGGGCCAGCCUGGGGGUCACCAGUGGGGUUAACAGUAUAACCACUGGUAUCACAGAGAUGAAGGUCAAUAGCAUCCAUGAGAAGAAAGCCAGUGAAAUAUUCCAGAGUUUCAUGGAGGAUGUAGAGAGUCUUCAGGAGUGUCUGGAGGAUGUGGCCAGGAAUAUGGAGCCCAUCCUGGGGAAAAGCAGGGUGGAUGUCGUGCUGGGAGCAGGGAACGUGAUUUUCACAGCCGGGGCCAUCAGAAAAGGCAUCGACACCAUAAUAGACUGUGCCUCAGCUCUGAGUGUGAAGACCUUUGCAAAUGAAGAUCUGAUCGCAAGCGCUGGUAAGCUGGUGCUCCAGGAAGGCAAAGCAGCACGAAACCUACCCAAGCUAGCAGGGGACAUCCCGGACAUUGGACAGGUGGCCAAAGGCACCCCACUAGCCCUCUCCAGCUCGGCGCGGGCUGGUUUUAUCACUCUCAAUGCCCUCUUCAUUGGCCUGGAUGUCUUCUUCAUCUGUAAAGACAGCGUCAGCCUGGCCAAAGGCAGCAAGAGUGAGAGAUCCCAGCUCAUCCGUGCCAGAUCAGCAUUGUGGCGCACAGAGUUGGACUCCUGGCAGAGGAUCCAUGACUCGCUGUGUAGAGGAAUUUGGAAGUCCAGGAAGUGCCAGAGAAUCCUGGAGCAGCCAUUUUACCCUCUGGAGCAUGAUCUGAAAGAGAAAAAAUCAAUGUGUAUCACCCAGUAGGACAACAUCAAAUACUUACCAGUUUUAAGUUAGGGCCUCUCAAACAUACUGUACAGUGGCACUUGUAAUGUUCAACAGUCAAAAAUAGAUGACACAAAGCACUUUUUUCAUUUUUAUUUAUCAUUCUAUACACAAGUCUAUAAAACAAAAAAAGGUAAUUUGAUGAAAUGUAUUCAGUUUACUUGUUCAGAGUAGUCUGUUUAAUGUCAUGCCCUGUUUACAAUGUGUUCAGUCAAAAUACUGAAAUGUAAUAAUGUUUCUAUGAUUGUGAUGCUGACUUGUACCUUCAUACACAAAGACUCAAAUUCCUCACUUCAGCAGUAGUUGAAGAUGUCUUGCUAACAGGCAAUGAAACAUGUUAGUACAAUUUAUUCUGAUGUUGACUUCUGUGGAAAUGUUAUGAAAUGGAAAGGGACUGAUCAUGUCUGGCCUUUUUUGUGUUAAUAAUAAUAGGCCUACUUGCUGGUAUUCUGAAGGGGGAAAUGUAUUUUUAUAUAAUAUAUAUAAAAAUAAAAGGUUGUCUUUGGUA